GGACAUCACACUCAGGCACCAGAUCCCACUUUCUUUCUUUCCCUCCUCCACCCAAUCUACCACCACCGCCGCCACCAAUAACAAGAAAACCAAAAUGGCCGAUGAAUCCCUCUCCAUCUACGACGAGAUCGAAAUCGAAGACAUGACCUUCGACCCCACGCUCCAGAUCUACCACUACCCGUGUCCAUGUGGCGACCGAUUCGAAAUCGCCAUUGAUGAUCUUCGCGAUGGAGAGGAUAUUGCUGUUUGUCCGAGUUGUAGUUUGAUGAUUAGGGUGAUUUUUGACGAGGGCGAUCUGGCCAAGGAUGGUGAUGAUAAGGGAUCUGCGGCUGUUGCGGUGCAGGCGUAAAUUAUAAAGCCCUGUGAUUUGAAGGGUUGGUAGAUGCCUGGAUUUAUAUUGGUUUAUGGGAUGGAUUGGAUUGGAGUGGAGUGGAAUGACUCGCUCGCUAUGCAGCAAGGUUACCCGCUGCUGCGUGCGCCGGACCAGCGGGGAUUGUUCGAGUCGAUGGAUGAUCCUCGAGGGGAUAUACGGAGCUGCUACCUACGCAUGCUCACCCCGCUAUCGCUACGGCGCCGUAAGGCGCGAGCUGAGGCCGCGCCAGAGAAGGCGCAUUCCAUUACCCGGUGCGCUAUAUGCUUCGCUUGAUUGUCAGAAGCGGUAGCUCAACUUGAACGUGUCAUGUCUUGUAUCUGCGCAAAGUAGCAGGAGUACUGCUGCCGAAGUGUAUUAUCUACCAGAUUGAAUAGCACAGAAUCCAUAUCCUACAAAU